AAAUAUCUUCUAUUUGAACAGAAUCCCUUUUCGUUUGGAUAAUCUAUAGAAUAAUAUUCAUUUUACAGCCACUGAGUUAUUUUUAACUUGCCAAAAAUAGAAUACAUAUGAAUACUUUUUGUGCUGUAUUUUGGGUUUUAUAUUUGGCAGAUAAGUACAUUCUGGGAUGGUUUCAUUAUGCGACUAAAAUUUGUGUGUAUAUCAUAGUUUUCAGCUCUCUCAUAUAAAUUGCUGACUCUGUGUGCAUUUUUGAUAAAUGUGAUGUGAAUCUCUGAAGCAUCAAAUUAAAAGCUUUAUCUAUUAUUUGUGUUAACAUGGAUCACGUUACAAAUAUGUUGAGGAAAUUAAUUCAGGUUUCAUCUACUCCAAAGGAAAAUGCGCACCCAUCUAUUGACUCCCAGCAUAUUCUGUGUUCAAGAUCACUCUUGGAGAGCCUGGUGGUUGAUAAUUCUGCAAACAUCAAAUCUGACACAUUUAGUGAACUAGGAGAGCAUGGAAAAAAUGAUUUGUGCUGUAAUGAGGUGUUAGAUGACACUAUUGAUGCAAAAAAAUAUGAAGAGCUGAAUGAAACAGAUAAGGAAGCUUAUAAUCACCUGUUGGUGAGCUUUAGUAGCAGUGGAGCCUCAUCUGAAUUGAACCAUAAAGAUUUAUCUGAUAGUUGUACACAGAAAAGUUUUUCUGGAGAGAACUCAGUUGAAUUUAAGCCUAUAACUGCAGAUUCUCAAGGGCCAAAAAGAGAUGUUGGCCCCAACGGCACUGAUUUAGUGAAAUCUGAGAAUGAUUUAAAUGCAACUUAUAGUGGAUCUCAAGAAUUUGGCUUCAAAACUUUGCACUUGGAAAUAGGCUCUGGGUAUAUAAAAAAAGACUACGAAGCAGCAGAAGAUCAUAAAAAUACUGUGGCAACUUUGACAGAUGCUGAAAUAAAGUUCAAUAGGUUAUCACAAGUUGCUAACAGAUCAUCUGGUUGUCUAGAUAUAUCUUCAAAGCAGUUGGCAGUAGAAUCUUCUGAAGGAACUACACAAGCAAAUAGUUCUGAUAUAAAAAUAAAUAAGUCUCCAGAAAUUGUCCACCCACAUGUUGAGGAAUCAAAACAAGCAAUUAUAAAAUGCAACAACCCUGAUGUUAUAAGGUCUGCUGGAACAGAAUAUACAAAUGGUUUUGAUACAAGCUAUAAUACUGCAACAGAUUCGCCUGUAUGUUUAUCUUUUGAAGAUUUGAAUGUCGAUAUAGUAGAGCAAAAAUUUGACAACUCACUAGAAGUUGCAACCAAACCACCUGUAUGCCCAGAGAUAUCUCCAAAAGAAGAGGUUGAAAGUUCCAAUACAAUAGCAGGUAUAAAAUCUGAAAACUCACUUGAAGCUGCAAUCAGACCACUGGUUUGCGGAGAGGUAUCUUCAGAGGAAUUGAAGGUUAAACAGUUGGUCAAACCAGAGCCAAAAACCCCAUUUGAUAUAAAGGAUUGCAACUCCUCAGAAACAGUAAUCACACCACUGAUUUCCUUAGAGGUAACUUCAAAGGAAUUGAAGGUUAAACAGUCUGUCAGCCCAGAGCCCAAAAACGCUUUUGAUAUAAAUCAUUGUAACUCCUCAGAAGUUGUAAUAACACCACCUGUUAGCUUAGAGGUAUCUUCAAAGGAAUUGAAGGUAAAACAGUCUGUCAGCCCAGAGCCCAAAAACGCUUUUGAUAUAAAUGAUUGUAACUCCUCAGAAGUUGUAAUAACACCACCUGUUUGCUUAGAGGUAUCUUCAAAAGAAUUGAAGGUUGAACAGUCUGUCAGCCCAGAGCCCAAAAACGCUUUUGAUAUAAAUGAUUGUAACUCCUCAGAAGUUGUAAUAACCCCACCUGUUUGCUUAGAGGUAUCUUCAAAAGAAUUGAAGGUUGAACAGUCUAUCAAACCAGAGCCAAAAAGCCCUUUUGAUAUAAAGGAUUGCAACUCAUCAGAAGUUGCAAUUAGACAACCUGUAUGUUUAGAGGUAUCUCCAAAAGAAUUGAAUGUUGAAAGUUAUGACAAACCAGAGUCAAAAAGCCAUUCUGAUAUAAAAUUGAACAUCUCACCAGAAGUUGUAACCCUACCACCUUCAUGCUUAGAGAUUUCAAAAGAAUUGAAGAUUGAAAGUUCUGACAAACCAGAGUCAAAAAGCCAUUCUGAUAUAGAAUUGAACAUCUCACCAGAAGUUGUAACCCUACCACCUUCAUGCUUAGAGAUUUCAAAAGAAUUGAAGGUUGAAAGUUCUGAAAAACCAGAGUCAAAAAGGCAUUCUGAUGUAAAAGUGAACAACUCACUAGAAGUUGUAACCGUAAUACCUGUAUGCUUAGAGGUAUUGUCAGAAAAAUUGAAGGUUGAAAGUUCUGAAAAAUCUGAGUCAAAAAGAGUUUCGCACAUAAAAUUUGAAAACUUGCCUGAAAUUGCAGUCAGAUCACCUGUAUGCUUAGAGGUAUCUUCAAAAGUUGAGAGUUUUAACGAACCAGAACAAGUAAAGAAUUUGGAUACAAAAGUUGACUCGGCGUUCGAUGAUGCAAAAUCGGAUGUAUCUUCUUUAAAAUUAGAAAGGAACAAGCAAGCUGCUUCAUCAUUCACACAUGCUGCAGAGAAAGUUGGGCAUGAUGAAUGUUUGAAACGAGAAGAUACAAUCAAGUUUGAUGUGGCAGAUUAUCAAUCGGUCCAAAAUCUAGUUGAAGACUCAGUAGCUCAGGUUGAAAAAGACUUUAAUGAACCGCGUAGUGUGAAAAAACUACACCCUGUUGGAGAACCCAGACAAUCAAGCAAUAUAAAAGAAGUUAUACAGGCUGCUAACUCAGUGGUCAAGGGCAAAACAGUUGAGCAAGCCUAUCAGCUCAUAGAAGAUUUUUUCCAUGAAGUAUUUGAUGGCCCAUUAAAAGAUAAUCGAGCUUCACAUAAGACAGAAGUGAACCAGGAACCUUUACAAGCAGACCAAAUUGCAGAAACUGAAGAUAAAAUACCCAGUCAGCCAUUAUUAGAGGUGCCAAGUCCGAGAACAUAUAAAAGAAAAAUGGGUGACAUCAACGACACAAUGAACGCCUUACAACAAGAAAAUUCUGAUCUAAAGUUGAAACUCAAUGCUUCUCAACAAGAGAAGGCUUCAUUAGAGUUAGAAAUCAGACAAAAAGAGGAAAUCAUCAUAAAGUCUCAGGCAGAGGCGCUAAAAAGUGAGCAACUGUUCAAGCAAGAGCUGAAGCAGAUGAAAGAACAAUUGAAAGAAAACUCUAAAUUCAUUGAAAAUGACAUUACAAAAGAGCUUCAGGAUCAAUUGAAAGAAGCAAAGCUUAGGGAAGCAAAACUCUUGGAUGAGCUGGCAGAGAAAAAGAAUUUAGAAAGAGCUGCAGAAAAAUUUCAAGCUGCAUUGAAAACUCGUGUCAAUGAGAACGUGAAAUUGAAAGAAGACCUUGAUUCAGCAAAGACGCAUCUCGCUAAUUUGGAAUUCGCAUUUUCUGACUUGCAUUCAAAAUAUGAAAAGACAAAGGAUUCACUUGAAGGGUACAAAAAGCACAUAGCGGAAUUGCUGAUGAAUUUGGAUAGCUGUCAUCUGAAUAGCAGGCAACAAGUCGAGAGAUACGAGUCUUUGAAGACGUAUGCCAAAAAUCAAAUUGAAAGGGCAAAUCGUGAAAAUACGGAGGAAAGAGAGCGAUACUUGCACGAAAAUGCGAACUUACAAGCAAUCAUCAAACGUCUAGAAAUCAAAUGUGGUUCUUUAGAGGUUAACUUGUCACAAAAAAUUGAAGAGUGUAAAGCUCUGUCAGCAUUAUGUGACGAAGUCACGGGAAAAAGGGUUUAAGUUGUGAUGUUCCUUAUUAUUAUAUAUUAAACCUGAAGAGGGGUGUUGAUUAUUGAGAUUUUUUUAAGACCAUGAUUUAGAACAAAAAAGAAUAUGGCCUAUUGAUGAUUGUCUCAUAGAAGCAUUACAUCAUGUAGAUUUUUUUAGAAAGUUAAUUCAGAUUUGAUACCUGAUCUUGCAAUCGUCAGUUAUUCUUUAUUGUUUUUUUGUAUAAUUAAAAUGUUUUAAAGUUGUUGCGUUUGAGGAAUUGCAAACAACUUAGUGUUUUGGAAAUGAUUUUCAGAAAUGCUUCAACUUUAGUAACAUGCUGUUCAAGUAUUAAUUUUGGGCAUUCCAUUUCGCGGUUCCCAAAAAGAUAUAAAGAGCUCACUCGCUCUUCAUAAUGACGGCAAUAAGUUUAGAAACUUUGAAAUUCGCGAUAACGACUGUGUUCACAAGUUUGGGCACAAGCUAGUACAUGAUGUGUUUCACCAGAGGCAGCUCAAAAACCAGUAUAUUAUUUUUAUAUCGAAGUUUCUACACUUAACACCUCAGAUAUAUAAUUUUCAAAAUUUGUCUUUAAUUCCCGAAUAUGAAUUUUUAUCAUUUGGUGAUGUUUUUAUGUAUUAUUUUGCUGUUUUAUUUAUUGGGGACAGAUUUUGAAAAUGAUUCCACCAUUUAAUUUACUAAACUAAUCGUCUUAUGAAUUAUUGCAGAUGUGAUUCCACCUUGUAAAUGAACUUUUGACUGUAAACGAGUAUUUUUUCAAAAUUAUGGGGAUAUUUGUUGGAAUGAUUGUGUCAAUAUCAAUUUCGCACCACUGCAAAGAAUUUGACAGAAAACCUAUGGGGAACGGGAUGUAGUAGAAUUACCAGAAUUUGUAGCGUGUUGUACAUUGUCUCUUGACUAAAAGGCUGAUGUUAUAGGUGACAUCAUAUAGAAAAUGAGUUUUCAAUUUCAAUGUAUUCAUGGAUUCUUUGAUCAUAUUCAAUAUGCACCUGCUCAACUUUCUGGAAAUACUAUGCAAAAAUGUUGCUUGUGUUCAGUUAUGGCCUAUAUAUGUCGUAAAGGAUAUAUCAUAUACCUAUAGCAGUCAUGAUUUCUAUUGUCCUUUAUGCUUUGUUAGCAUGUCAAAUUUGACAAGUGAGACAUCACGUCACUGAAACAUGUUCAGGGGCUCUUAAACAACUGUAAAUUAUCAAACUUUGUGCCAGGCCAUACUUUACAACAUAUUGAAACUUUAGCCAAUUCUACUGUACCUCCUUUCCUGUGUUUUGUGGCAUAUUUGUUCCUCCUGAUUUUACUUUUUGAGUUAAAAAUGUCCCACUUUCUUACAAGUGGUACAAGUGUUUUCUUCAAGAUUUCAGAUUUUGUUACAAAGUGAAAAUCACUACUUACUCUCAACGUCCCUGUUUUAUACGUUUCUUAAUUUAAAAUCGUCCCAGUAGUUUUAGUCGGAAAGAGUUUAUUAUUUAUAUUUUUGGAAACUUCAUUGUAUAUAUUUAUAUAACUGUUAAUUGUACAUAGCAUAUAACAUUGUCAUGGAAGUAUACAUACGAAUAUUCUGGAUUUUUAUGUCGUGAUAUGUUUAUUUUCUUAUUAUAUCCACAAAGUUAGCACUCCUGUGAUGUUCAAUAUUCUUUUGAAGACCUUAUUUUAAACUUUUUUAAAUAAUAUUUUAUUUGCGAAUUAUUCCAGAUAUAUUCGUCUAGAAAUUAUGUGAAGUUAUGCAAAAUCGUGUGUCUACACUUGGUGCUUAACAUUUUAUUCAUAUUCCAUCACAUCAUGUAGUACAGGGGUGGAUUCAAAGUGAAAUUUUGGGGGGGAACAAUGAAAUUGAAAUAAUUGGAUUUAUGAUUGUGUCCUUGACAAAUAAUUUUAUUGAAAGUGCAAAUAUAAAUAGCAAUUGUAUACACUCAAAUCAAUUUGAUGUUUGCCCAAUUUAGAAAACAGUUAAAAUACUUCUGAUCUAACGUAAUUGUCAUAAUUUACAUUAAGAAGAAUUUUCUGUGUAUUUUUUUUCCAGUAAUCUUUUGGGAGGGAAGUCUGUCAACCCCCCCCCCCCGUGGAUCUGCCACUGAUGUAGUAUAUAUAGUAUAUAUACUAUCGUUUCAUUUUCCAUGAUUUUUAUCAAUGAAUAGUAUCCUUAUGUCACCAAUACAUAGCAUUAGACAACUCUUCCAUAAAAAGCUGUCAUGAUAUUAACAUUACAUAAAAAUUAUUUAGAUAUGCAUAUGUACUAUUAAAAUGUGAUCUUUGUUCUGCUUAAAUAAGUUUUCUAAUAAAACAUUAAACUGUUAUCUAGCAAUAUAAUAAAUUAUGCUACAGUAAACUAGUAAGCUAGUUCUCUUAUUACUUCCCGUGCCAAUCGGCAAGGAACUACUGUAAAAUUUUUCGAACGUAUGUUUUUGGAUGCUACUAUUACUACAUCACUGCCUUUCUUCAGCAGCAAUUCCAGCUUGACAUCUUAAAAAUGAUCGAGGUAUCAGACGGGCGAAUCUUCCGUUAUUAACAAAAUCAGCUGCUUCCGUUAUUCUGUUCCGUAGCUCAAUUAAAUUUUCGAUUUGCCCUGAGUAACCAUUUUCUUUUACCGCUCCCCAGUAAAAAAAAUCGAGUGGGCUUAAGUCAGAUGAACGCACUGGCCACGAAAUUGUACCAGAACGCCCUAUCAAUUUGCUCAGGUAUUCCAUAUCAAGAUAUUU